GUUUUCUGCUACUAUUUCGACUAUUGAAACUUAGAUUUUUUUGCUUGCUUUAGGUGAACUAUAAUUUAUUUUAAUUUAUCUUAUCGAAAUUUGUUAAAAUAAUAAAUUUGGAACACUUUUAUGGCGACAACUGUAGUAGAAAACUGGAACCAUCAAGAAGCACGUGGUAACUGUCAAGCAAAUAAAAGUCAAUGCGUUCAAUAUUUAGGUUAAAUGUCAUUUAUUUAUUAUAAAUAAAUAAUAUGGAUUUAUUUGUAAUUAACAGAUAUGAUGAGGAAAAGGGAGAAAAUAUUUUCCAUAAUGAUUCAGAUAAAAAGAAUGAAAUCUCUAUUUUAAAAAGACUGCAGAAAAAAAUUAUUAAAAAAGAACAAGCUAGACUAAAUGAACCAAAACAGGCUAUAGAAAAAGAAAUUCUAAAUAUUGAUGUGGUUAAAAAGGAAUUAACAAGCGAACAACUAGUAAAUGCUGAACAAAAAGUAGAUAAUCAAUCUACGCCAGCAGAUGAAAUUGCAGAAAAACUUGGCACGGUAGAUAAUGCUGAAAAUGAGAAAACAGUAAAUGCACAAGAUGCUGCUAAAGAGAAAAAUCUUGAAGAUACUGGAUUUACUAUCUUGGGAAAUGAGAACUUUCAGAAAAAAUUAAAAGUAAAAAGGGUUCUUCCAUAUUGGUUGGCAAAUCCAACAGUAAUGUCAUCAGAUUUGAAGAAUAAUAUAACCAGCAUUGAUACUAUUGAUAUGUUGAACGAAACUAUAAAAAAUAAUUUGAAAGCUUUAAAAAUUGAUCAUUUUUUUCCAGUGCAAACGACACUAAUACCUUGGCUUUUACAAGGCAUAAAUGUUCCUGAACCUUUACGACAAUCUGAUGUUUGUGUUUCGGCCCCAACAGGAAGUGGUAAAACUCUUGCGUUUGUUAUACCUAUUGUUCAGGCUUUAUUAACAAGAAGAGUUCGUAAAGUACGUGCUUUAGUAGUUCUGCCUGUGCACGAAUUAGCUGUUCAAGUAUACAAAGUAUUUCAAAGUAUGGUAAUUGGAACUGAUUUAAAGGUGACUCUCUUAGCAGCUCAAAAAACACUUGUUCGAGAACAAAGUUUUUUAGUUAAAAAAUCUUGCACUGGAGAAUAUUUAAGCAAUUGUGAUAUACUAGUUUGUACAGCUGGUCGGCUUGUUGAACAUUUACAUUCAACUCCUGGAUUUACUUUGAAAGGUUUGCGAUAUUUGGUUUUGGACGAAGCUGAUAAAACAAUGGAGCAAACACAGAAUGAUUGGUUACUACAUGUUGAUAAUCACUUGAGGAAUGAAUUUAAUCAAACCGUUCGGUCCACAACAUUAUCAUUGAAAACUUUAAAGGAUAUUUCUGAACAUCCGCAAAAAUUGUUGUUCUCAGCAACAUUAUCUCAGGAUCCUGAGAAGUUGCAAAAAAUUGGUUUAUUUCAACCAAGGUUAUUCACUACAGUUUCUAAAUCUCUUGACGAUGUGCAAAUAACAGGCAAAAGCAUCAAACGAGGAGAUUUCAUUGGAAAAUACACAACACCAGAGGAAUUAAAAGAAUAUUAUUGCAUUACUAAUAUAUCUAUAAAACCAUUGGCGAUGUUAACACUUAUUAAAGAAAAGUCCUGGAAGCAGGUGCUUUGUUUCACUAAUUCAUCUAAAGCAGCACAUAGAUUAUCACUUUUAUUGCAUCAUAUGGCACCAGAUAUGAAAAUUUCUGAGUUAUCAGCCGCUCUUGAUUUUAAAACAAGAGAAGACACAUUGCAGAAGUUUGCAAAAGGAGAAAUUAAUAUAUUAAUAUCAACAGAUGCUUUAGCUAGAGGAAUGGAUAUUGAUAAUGUUGAUGUCGUUCUUUCAUAUGAUGCCCCACACCACAUUAAAAAUUAUAUACAUCGUGUAGGCCGAACUGGCCGAGCUGGUAAAUGUGGUGAAGCAGUUACUUUUAUUGAAAAAUCUUUUUCAACACAAUUUCAGGCAAUGAUAAAGAGCAGUGGAAAAAAUGCAUUACCAGAAAUAGAGAUAAGUUCUGAAGCUUUAGAAAAUAAUAUGGAGAAAUAUCGCAAUGCUCUGGAAAGUCUGAAGACAACUCUUCAGAAAGAGGAACAGACUAAUGUUAUCGUAAGCAAGAUGGAGAAGAAAGGAAAAUUAAAAAGGAAAAAGAAUACGAAAGCAUCAAAAAUUAAGAAAAUGAAAUUAAAUUAACUUGGAUAAAAAAUUCAUAAAACAUUAUGAAUAUUCAGUGUUUAAAACAUCAUGAACUUCAUAAUAUGAAGUGUGCAACAUUGCAUAUUAGCAAUUGAAAUGCACACUAAAUAAAAAUAUGAGUACGAGUUUAUAUAAUUUGAAAGAGAAUA